AUGAGACAGGAAAGGCUGGUAGAUGAAUAUGAGGUCUCAGAGAUUUUAGGAAGAGGAGGCUUCUCUGUCGUGAGAAGGGGUGUGAGGAUAUCAAGCAGUGAAAAAACCCACGUGGCCAUCAAGACCCUUAAGAGAUUUUGCCUUAAUUCAACAACUCCACCAGGAAUUCCAAAGAGUAGCCGUGGUGGAGAGAAAAGCAUAGCAGCUUCCAUGGGAUUCCCAAUGUGGAAGCAGGUUCCUGUGUCGGAUGCCUUGCUGACAAAUGAGAUCUUGGUUAUGAGGAAGAUUGUCGAAAAUGUCUCCCCUCAUCCAAACGUUAUUGAUCUGUACGAUGUCUAUGAGGACCAAAGUGGUGUUCAUCUUGUCCUCGAGCUCUGUUCCGGCGGGGAGCUGUUUGACCGAAUCGUCGCCCAAGAGAGGUACUCGGAAGCAGGAGCAGCAGCCGUGGUUCGGCAGAUUGCGAAGGGGUUAACGGCUAUUCACCGGGCGAAUAUUGUCCACAGGGACUUGAAGCCGGAAAACUGUCUCUUCUUGAACAAAACUGAGGGUUCUCCAUUGAAGAUCAUGGAUUUUGGACUGAGUUCUGUGGAGGAAUUCACAGACCCAGUUGUUGGAUUGUUUGGUUCAAUAGAUUAUGUCUCACCAGAGGCCCUUUGUCAGGGCACAAUAACUUCUAAAAGUGAUAUGUGGUCCUUGGGGGUUAUCUUGUAUAUCCUGCUCUCUGGGUAUCCACCAUUCAUUGCUCAGUCAAAUCGGCAAAAGCAACAAAUGAUAAUGGCUGGAGAGUUUAGUUUUUAUGAGAAGACUUGGAAGAACAUUACCUCAUCAGCAAAGCAAUUGAUUUCAAGUCUCCUCACAGUUGAUCCUGAUAGGAGACCUAGUGCUCUAGAGCUUCUGGAGCAUCCGUGGGUGAUAGGUGAUUCAGCCAAGCAGGAUCAAAUGGAUUCCGAGAUCGUUUCAAGACUGCAGCGUUUUAAUGCCAGACGCAAAUUGCGUGCUGCAGCCUUUGCUAGCUUGUGGACCAGCACUGUUUUCUCUAGGACCAAAAAGCUCAAAUCUUUACUAGGCUCCCAUGACCUUUCACAAGAGGAAAUUGAGAAUCUCAGGAUACAUUUUUCCAAAAUAUGUUCAAAAGGUGACAAUGCCACUCAAUCUGAGUUCGACCAGGUGCUGAAAGCAAUGAACAUGUCUUCGUUGAUUCCACUAGCACCCAGGGUUUUUGACCUUUUUGACAACAACCGUGAUGGAACAGUUGAUAUGCGAGAGAUUCUCUGUGGGUUCUCCAGCCUCAGGAACUCACAAGGGGAUGAUGCUCUUCGUCUGUGCUUCCAGAUGUAUGAUACAGAUCGGUCUGGAUACAUCAGCAAGGAAGAAGUAGCAUCCAUGCUUAGAGCUCUGCCUGAUAACUGCCUCCCAGCGGAUAUCACGGAACCAGGAAAAUUGGAUGAGAUAUUUGAUCUGAUGGAUGCCAACAGUGAUGGUAGGGUAACCUUCGAAGAGUUCAAAGCUGCCAUGCAGAGAGACAGCUCUCUUCAAGAUGUAGUCCUCUCCUCUCUUCGCCCAUCAUAGUUUUCCCACUCUCCACUUUCUGUCAACUUUCCAAUAAAAUUCUGGAUUUCUCUUUUCCUUUGUUGAAUAUUUUUGUCAUAGG